UUGUAGUCUCUUGGUCGUCACCAAUUCCGCGGUAAAAGCUUCUGCAGUUCCAUUUAACAAAUUUCUGGCCAAAGUGUCUUCGUCUCGCACUCUUUUUCGUCGUCCUCGAGUUGGUACAGACAUGUCCAUCCUGCCUCUAACCUCCCCGUCGUAUCCUAACCACAAUAUAUCUGGCGCUCCCAUGUCUGUCUCAAAUCGCGUGCCAUUAAUGUUUCGACGGUUGCAUAGGUUCCAGCAAAUGGACUUUGAACUUGCCUUUUGGCAGCUGUCUUAUCUCUGUCUGGCACCCAAGAGAGUUUACCGAAACGUGUACUACCACAAGCAAACCAAGAACACCUGGGCGAGAGAUGACCCAGCAAUCUUAAUCCUGCUAUUUGCAAGCCUUUUCGUGGCUGCAAUAGCAUGGUCUAUUGUGUACUCGUAUUCCCUGCUAGAGGCGGUGCGAUUAGCUUUCGUAAUGAUACUGCGAGAUUACAUCCUUGUUGGCGCACUAAGUGCGACGUUCAUUUGGUUCUUCGCCAACCGAGUGUUGGUAUCACCUUCCUCUCAUUCAUCACCUACAGACUCUUCAGUCGAAUGGGCGUAUGCCUUUGACGUUCAUACGAACUCCUUUUUCCCGUUGUAUUUGACACUUUAUCUAGCGCAACUGUUCCUUCUUCCCGUAGUGUUAAAGGACAAUUGGGUUUGCCUCCUUCUUGGCAACACCUUAUAUCUUGCAGGGUUUGCCCAGUAUAUCUAUGGAGUGUACCUCGGACUAAGUGCUCUGCCGUUCUUGAUACGAUCCGAAAUAUUGCUUGCCCCACUGUUACCGUUGUUUGCGAGCUAUAUUGUCUCGUUGUUGGGUUUCCACAUUGCAAAACAUGUACUAAGCGUGUACUUUGGUUCAUAAUACACUGCAUUAUACAGGAGAGGGACGAUUACUCUAGCUGUAUUGCAUUGCAGUGCUUGUGCAGUAGCUUGAUCGUAAUAAUAAUAAUAGACAUUUUUAUGUUAAAAAA